AUGGCCACUUCCGAUCUUCAAGGGUUGACGUGCUGGCUCAUUGAUACCCGAUCUCUAUGGCCUGGUCAACACAUCAAGGAUGCUGCUUCUGAUGUCUUACAACUCCUUUCGAAUAAUGAACGCGUUGCCGUGCUCCGGAAAAUGUUCAUCGCCGAUGCUCGAAUGUCUCUCGCCUCUGCUAUGUUGAAACGACUAUAUGUUUCUAGAGCCUUGAGCAUACCCUGGAAAGACGUAAACAUUGCCCGCAAAGGAGAUCCCAAACAUGGAAAGCCUUGUGCUGUGCUGCCAGAUGGUUCAUUCGCCAAGAUUGACUUCAACAUUUCUCACCAAGCUGGUCUGGUUUCUCUUGUGGGCUGGAAUCCGUCAUCGGGUCAAUCACAGUCUGCUCUUGUGGGUGCAGAUAUUGUCUGUGUCAAUGAGCGCGACGACUACCGAACCAUCGACCAGGAAGGCUUCGACGCGUGGAUAGAUAUCUACGAAGACAUCUUCUCUGAGUCCGAACGGUGGGAUAUGAAGUACAAUGUCGACUACAUCACUCUGCUAGAUGGUAGAAUCAUCCAGGGUGGCAAUCUUGGUCGAGCGGAUCGCUGCGUACAACGAAACAAGGACUUGGCUGUCACUUUGCCUACUGGAGAAACCCAUUUAUUCAACAGCGACCUCUUGAUCGAUGCAAAACUGCGGCGGUUCUAUAGCUUCUUUUGCUACAAGGAGGCUUAUAUCAAGCUUGCGGGCGAAGCACUCCUUGCACCUUGGCUUAAAGAGCUGGAGUUUCAGAACGUCAGAAGCCCGAAACCUGGAACGGUGGCUAGAUGUUCCACGCACGGUACAUGGGGAGAGAAAGUCAGUGAUGUUGAGGUUGUUCUACACGGCAGUAAAGUCGACGAUGUCAAGAUGACUCUCCAAGCCUUCGAAGAAAACUUCAUGCUAGCCACAGCCGUACAAGGAUUGCAAGACCUGGAAGCGCCACCAUUCACCAAACUGGAUCUGGAGAACGAUGUCCUUGCGUUUGCAAGAUAG